AUGAUGUUUAUGUGAAAUGUCAAUUGUCGUAGUAGUUUACAGUUAAAUAUAUUAAUUUGUUCAUCGAAAGUUGAAUUAAUUGAUGAAUACGUUUUAUUAUUAACUGUUUUGUGUAAAAAUAAAAUGUUGAAACCAAAGGCUCUAACCCAAGUACUGAGCCAAGCGAAUAGUGGAGGGAUAGAAAUAACAUUACUCUUAAAUCGUGAAGGCGCAUUAUUAGCUUAUGCCGGAUAUGGAGACAAAGAUGCUAGGAUUACAGCAGCAAUCACAAGCAAUAUUUGGGCCGCAUAUGAAAAAAAUGGCAAGAAUGCAUUUAAAGAAGAUUGUUUACAAAUGAUAUUUAUAGAGUGCGCAGAAGGCAGAGUAGCCGUAAUACAAGUUGCCAAUCUGUUGCUAUGCCUUUAUGCUCGGCAAACUGUGGGCUUUGGUUUACUGAAAGAAAAAGCAAGUGCUCUUGUACAAUAUCUGGAAGAACCAUUGAAAUUAGUUGCGACAUCGUAACUCUAAUGAAUUAGGAACGUAAUUGUACAUUUAUUUGAUAAGCAAGAAUUUCUCAACACCAAAUUCUAUGUGGAAUAUUUUUGUUCAACAAUAUCAAUUGUAAAU